UGUGGAGAGAGACGGACAGCAGCGGCGCAGCGCAACGCAACGGCCAACAGGAGACCGCUGGCUCAAAAAAGAAAGCGAGAAAGCGUUUUUAAAACAAUGAAACCGUCGAUGAACGGUUUGCAGCUCGCCAGUAAAUGAACGUCGUGUUUUAUUCAAUGACGUGACGUUGCUCAGUUAAAGCCUGAAGCUUAGCUGCUUGCUAGCGGAGAGAGAGAGAGGUAAAGAGAGAGAGUGAGAGAGAGAGAGAAAGAGGGGGCUGUGUGUCAUUGAGAAGGCAGGACACGUCAAGACGAGGCAGAAAAGGCUGCGAGGCUAUCGCUAGCCACACUCGGUGUUCCUGUGGGAUAUAUAUAUUUUAAAAAAGCUUUUUAUCUUAUUACACAAACCAGCUCGUCAUUUAACUGUCAUCGAAUAGCUCCGUGGUUCUCGUCGCAUCGGAUCGGAUCCUUCUCCCAGCCGUCGCCUGGACCAAGGGUAGGCAGUAAGGAUAGAGUACCGUGUGGCAGUCUUAACUGGAGAACAUAAAUGGGGGAUUACGGGUUUGGAGUCUUAGUGCAAAACAACACUGGCAACAAGUCCGCUUUCCCGGUACGAAUUCACCCCCACCUGCAACCUCCGCAUCACCACCAGAAUGCAACACCCAGUCCUGCUGCUUUCAUAAACAGCACCUCAGCUGGGAAUGGCAGCAACGGUGGCUCUCCCUGGCUGUUCCCUGCGGCCACUGCCCACAGUAACAUGCAAGAUGAAAUCCUUGGCUCAGAGAAGCCCAAAGUCCAGCAGCAGGAGCUGCAAGAGACACAAGAGAAGCAGCAACUCUCCCCUGGGCACCAGGAGGGUGGUAUCAUAUCUGAGCUGGAGAAGGCCCGCUCAGAGGAGAGCAAGGUGGAGAGCAGCCCGUCUGAGGGCACGAAUGGCAAAGAGAAGCUCCGCCUUGAGUCCCCUGUGUUGACACCCUUUGACUAUCAGGAACCCUCUGGCCUGGGCACAGCUGUCCAGUCUAGCACCUCCUCCUCCCUGACCAGCUUCAACAACUGGUCGGCUGCUAUCCCCCCAACCCCUUCCACUAUCAUCAAUGAGGACAUCAGCUUCUUCAACCCGGCUGCAUCCGCCAACAACGGCCCGCUGCUGUUCCAGAAUUUUUCGCACCAUGUCAGCCCAGGCUUUGGAGGGAACUUCUCACCUCAGAUUGGCCCCAUCUCCCAGCACCAUCCUCCUCACCCCCACUUCCAGCACCCUCACAACCAGCACCAGCAGCACCGCCGCUCGCCUGCCAGCCCGCACCCACCUCCCUUCCCUCAUCGCAAUGCCGCCUUUGGCCAGCUCCCCCAUCUUUCCAACAACCUGAGCAAGCCGCCCUCACCCUGGGGCAGCUACCAGAGCCCUUCGCCUUCUCCUUCCUCCACCUCCUGGAGCCCAGGUGGCGGAUAUGGUGGCUGGGGAGGCUCUCGGGGUGGCGAGUUCCGUCGGGGCCUGAAUGGUGGCAUGACCCCACUCAACUCCAUCUCACCCCUGAAGAAGACCUUCCCCAACAAUCAUGUGCCCUCGCAGAAGUACUCACGGACCAGCCCUGGCUUCAACCCUAAGUCCUGGAUGGACGAAAGCAUUAGCAGGAGUGAGAACAUCUUCCCCUUCCAGGAGCGCACUCGAUCAUUCGACGGCUUCAACAUGCACUCCCUCGAGAACUCGCUUAUCGACAUCAUGCGAGCUGAGCAGGACACUCUGAAAGGUCGCCUUGGAUUCGCCCAUCCAGGAGGAGACAGCCCUUUGCCUAUAAAUGCAAGGAAUUAUGGGAGGCGACGAGGCCACUCUUCUCUGUUCCCUAUGGAGGAUGGCUUCCCAGACGAGGAGAGGACUGAGCAGAGCCUACCUGGCCUGAGCUCCCCCCACUGCUUUCCGCACCAGAAUGGAGAGAGGGUUGAGCGCUACUCCCGCAAGGUCUUUGUGGGUGGCCUUCCCCCUGACAUAGAUGAAGAUGAGAUUACUGCUAGUUUCCGACGCUUCGGGCACCUGUUUGUGGACUGGCCCCACAAGGCUGAAAGCAAAUCUUACUUUCCACCAAAAGGUUAUGCAUUUCUCCUGUUCCAAGAUGAGAGCUCUGUUCAGGCUCUGAUUGACGCUUGCAUUGAAGAAGAUGGCAAGCUUUACCUGUGUGUUUCGAGCCCCACCAUUAAAGACAAACCUGUCCAGAUUCGCCCUUGGAAUUUGAAUGAUAGUGACUUUGUGAUGGAUGGAUCUCAGCCCCUCGAUCCCAGGAAGACCAUUUUUGUGGGUGGUGUACCACGCCCUCUUCGUGCAGUGGAGUUGGCUAUGAUCAUGGACAGGCUGUAUGGUGGCGUGUGCUAUGCAGGCAUCGACACAGACCCAGAACUGAAGUACCCUAAGGGAGCAGGGCGGGUCGCCUUCUCUAAUCAGCAGAGCUACAUUGCUGCUAUCAGCGCUCGUUUUGUACAACUGCAGCAUGGAGAAAUCGAUAAACGGGUGGAAGUGAAGCCAUACGUCUUGGACGACCAGCUGUGUGACGAGUGUCAGGGGACGCGGUGUGGAGUGCUGAGGAAUCUUUACAACUAAGCGCACACUUGCGUUGAUGCGACUUCAAAUCUGCAGAGGAAAGAUCAAAGUAUACCGCUUAAGGUCUUGGAUCUUGUACACUAGAUUUUAAUGACACACACACACACACACAUACACACACAUACACACACAUACAUAUAUAUAUAUAUAUAUAUAUAUAUAUAUAUAUAUAUAUAUAUAUACACACACACACAUACACACACACACACACACAUGGGUUUUUAAAAAAAAAAAAAAAAAAACCUAAACAACAGCAUGGCAAGACCAAGUUGUCAUUAAAUUGUUAAUAUUAAAAAUGGUUAUCCUAGUUGGAAAAAAAGGUAAACUUGUAAUUUUAGUUUCCUCUCCAUAGCAGGAAUAUAUAAUAUAAGGAGAAUGCAAAAUUUGGUUCAUGUUUAGGCUGACUCUCGUAUCACAAGAAUGGAUGUUUGAUGUUUAGGUAUUUUAACAUUUGAAAAUAUAUAUUCUUGAACUGCCAACUAGCUCCUAUUGUAAUCCUUAGCAUGCAUGAUGAGAAAAAAAAUAAGUACAUGAAUUAGCUAUUAAAAUUAAUUGUUGUGGUUGUGCACCAGAUGUUUCUAAACAUUUAAUUUGUUAAGGACACCCCACACCCUGCACCCUCCUGUAUGUUAUUCUCUAUGCCUUCCCCAUAAUCCAGUAUCUUCAGGAUGCACAGAUAAAGCAAACAUUAAAGCGAAGAGAGAACUCUAAAAAAAAAUAAAAUAAAAAAAAUAAAAAAUCCAGCUAGCAGUGCAGGACGAGAGCAUCUUAUUGGACGCUGUUGAAAAGACUUGAGAACUUCAUCCCUACUGUCUGUUUGAAGUAAAAUCACAAACUAUUUGGAGGAAGGGGAACUUUAAGACUUGAAUGUGGUAAAUGUUGCAAGUUAACUUCGAGUUGUUAUGUGCAAUACUUUUUUUGAACUUUUUCCAGAUAAAGACUCUUUGCAAUGUAAUUCUUUAAUGCCAUUUUUAAUUGCUGACAUUUAAAGAAGAUGUUAAUAUGUUUUUCACAGUCAUUUUCUACUGUUAUUGUAAUCCUUUUCAUGCUGGUGUUUGUAAAAAAGAAAAGAAAAGAAAUCAAACUAUUUGUACUAAUAUAAAUAAUUGAAGUUAUUUUUAAAACAUUAAAGGUUUUGUGCUCAUUUGCUUAUUUUGUUUAUUUCAAGCUACUGUGAUUGAUUGCAUUGUAAUUAUUAGGUCAACAAUGUAUUUAGCUGUUUAUUGGUAUAUUUUUAAUUGGAAUGUAUAAUUAAUUUUUAUAAUUUUGAUCAGAUUUUUGUUAUAUUUUUGAGGUGAAGCUUUUAAUAUGUUAAAGUGUCUAGUUUUUACUAAUUGCUAUAUUGUGCUCCACAAUAUAUGGUUCACAUUUUCUGAAGGAAAAUAAAUAUUUAAAUAUCUGUCUGUUAAUGAUGUUACUUAAUGGCAAAAUUUCAAUAGUUUUUAACUGUGUAUGGGAAGGUUGUUGUAUUUAUUAAUAGCAUUUUUUUACUUAAGAUAUCACCUUAAUUUUUAUUGUCAUUUCACUUUAUAAGUUCCUAUUUUUGUAUUUUUCUUUCUAAUUAAGUUAUGUUAUACAAAUGUCCAUAUUCUAGGAGUUGGUCUGUAAGUGCUAGUGAAACAAAAAGAAAAAUCUAAUGUUAUUUAAUUGUUUGCAGCCAACUAUUUAUAACAAUAUGCAUAAUUUUUAAAUAUUUGUAAUGUGAAAUGUUGAAUGAAUAAAUCUUAACUGUGACAAGAAAA